AUGGACAGACCGGGCACGGUGGCCACACAACUGCAGGAGUGCCUGCACCUGCUGCAGCAGCUGGCAGAGGCUCCGGGCGCACCUGCACGGAACCAGAGCAGGGAUGAAGACCAGCCGCAAGAAGCUGCACUCCCGGACGAGCUGCGGACCCUCCUGCAGGAGGCCAAGGGCAUGGCGUGGCCCUUUGUGCCCGAGAAGUGGCAGUACAAGCCCGCCGCGGGCCCCGAGGACAGAGCCAACCUGCAGGGCCUGGUGGGCGCCGGGCUGCAGCAGCUGCUGGUGUCCCUGAAGGUCGCCAUCCUCGACGGGGACGGUGCCACGGCAGCAGCCAUCCUGUUCCUGAGUGACCGGCUCCUCUAUGGGCUCGACAUGUCCCACCAGCUCCUACGGGUGGCCAAGGCGCUGCACCGGCUGUGGCCCGCCACACCCAUGGCCCCGCAGCUGGUCAUCCGUCAGGCCCGCGUGGCACUCAAUGCAGGGAAACUUUUAAAAGCCGAGUACAUCCUGAGCAGUUUGAUCCGCAACGAGGGAGCUGCAGGCUCCUGGCUGUACAGACACGAGAGCGACAGGGUCCUGGUGCAGUCCGUGUGCGUGCAGAUUCGAGGGCAGAUCCUGCAGAAGCUGGGGAUGUGGCAUGAAGCCGCGGAGCUCCUUGGGACCUCGAUUGUGGGCUUCCUGGCGCUCCCUCAGCCGGAUAAGAAGGGCAUCUCCGCCUCCCUGGGGAUCCUGGCCGACAUCUGUGCGUCCAUGAGCGAGCAAGACUACGAGAAGUUUAAAAACCACCCCCACGUGGCCCUGGACCUGACAAGGGACUGUGCCCACCGCCUGCUGUUGGCCGCUGAAGCCUGCAAGCUGGCUGCCGCCUUCAGCCCCUACACGCCCCUCUUCGUGCUCUCAGCCAUGAACAUCCGGGGCGCGUGCCUGCUGUCCUACGCCAGUGCGGGCGCCUGUCCCCCCGGGGCGCGGUCGGCGUGUCUGCGAGACGCCAGGGAGGCCUUUGAGAUCGGCCUCCUCACCCAGCGCGGGGACCAGCCAGCGCCCGGGCGGCAGGGGCUGCACGGCCUCCUCCGGGCCGCGCUGGGCCUGUGCACGGCGCACCGCCGGCUCCACGGGGACACGGGCCCGGGCCGCGCCGCCCGCCGGCUCUGCCGCGAGGCCACGGGGAAGCUGUACGCCCUGGGCGCGGCCACGGCCCCGGACCCGGCGCCGCUCUCCCGGGAGGUCCUGCGUGGCGUCGCGCAGGUGAAGGACCUGCUGCCGGUUCGCAGCUGCCCGAGUCGGGAAGCCGGGGCGUACGUCCCUGCGGCCUUCAUGCGAGGGCUGGACAGGCCCCUCCUGCGGGGCCACGUGGCCUUCCGGACGGCCCUCCAGGCCCACGCGCAGCACCACGCCUCGGUGUGUGGGGCGUUUGAAAGCUUCUGUGGAAACAAGAGAAAUGAACAGAAGGAUCCGGACACAGGCGUCUGCAUCACGGCACUGAAAACAGACACCAGGGGCCCGGACACCGCCAGUGCUGAGGUGGGGCCGGGGCGUCCCCCGGGCGGGGGGCUGUCUCCCUCCCGGGCCGCUGAGAGGGGUCUGGAGGCGCCCCCGCGGGCGGGGAGGAGGGACUGGAUCCACCCGGACCCAGACGUGGAGACUGAGGCUGGGUCACAAGGCCACAGCAGCGGGGACACGGCUCCGAGCGGCAGCCGGAGCUCCAGCCCCUGGAGUAGGCUGUCGGGACGCAGCUUCUCCUCCAGCUGGGAGGAGGUGGACACCCACUUGGACAGCAGGUCCCCCGGCCGGGGAUGCCCCGUGGACACUCGGGGGCCUGCUGCCAAGGCGGGCGGGCCGGGCAGCCCUGGGAACAGCGCGGCUCUGUGUGCUCUGACUUCGGAGCUUCGAGGUCUCUCUUUCCCGGAGCCCGAGGAUGGCCCUUCCGAGUCCUCGGCCACCUGCCCUCCUGGGAGCACCGCGGGCGCUCACGUGCCCUCCGGGGCGGGGCUGGCAGAGGGAGGCCCAGAGGCGAGGCAGGCAGGCACAGCCCCAGGCCCCGGAGGAGCCUCCGCUCAGGCCAGGCCCUCACUGGGGUCUGCGUUCGGGUCUUCUGGUUCCCGUUGGCCCCAGAGUGUGGCCACACAGCCUUCACUCCAAGAAGAAGAAACCUUUGAGAUCCUGGAUGAGUGCCCGGCAGCCGGUGGCGGUGCCGCACACGGGGCUGGAGAGGAGCUGGGAGCGGGACGCACGCGAGUAGCCGGCCCUGCGUGUAAAGGGGGGCCCUCCCGGGGACCCCCGGAAGAGGCCGUGGAAUCCCACAGAGUCCUGGGCGAUUCUCUGGGUGCAAGCGCCGCAAUGGCACGUCACGCUGCCAUGUCUCCGUGGCCUGCUCAACAUCUGGAAUCAGCACCCAGCGGGGGCCCCGUCCAAGAGCAGCAGGUGGACCCUGAUGCCUCCACUGUGGACGAGGGGGGACAGCUGCUGGACCCCACCGGGCCGCGUGGCUGCCCCGGGCCGUGCACUGCGAGGCCGCCCCCUGCCUCCAGGAGCCAAGAGGCCUGCACCACCACAGAGGAGGGGGACGAGCCCGCCCACGUGCCCAGCCUCAGCGGCAGCGGGAGCUCCGGCUCCUCCUGGGGCAGCUGGUGGAGGCCGCCCACGGUGUCCAGCGGGUCCUCCGAGCGGAGCAAGCCCUGGUCCUUCCUGAACGCCAGCGGGAGUUCCUUCACGUCUUUGGCGGGAGAGACGCGGCAAGAGAUGCUCGAGGCUCGCACACUGCAGCCCCGUGACCUGGAACAGCUCCUGGCAGGCGUGACACAUGACUGGCUGCUCCAGAGGCUGGAGGGCACCGGGGUGUUUAGGCCCAGCCAGCUGCACCAGGCGUAUGAUGCUCUUUUGUUGAAAUAUUCCAAGAAAUCGGAACUGUGGACGGCCCAGGAGACUGCUGUGUACCUGGGGGACUACCUGAAGGUGACGAAGAUGGGCAGACAGAGAAACGCCUUUUGGGUUCAUUAUCUCCACCAAGAAGAAGCGCUGGGAAGGUACGUUGGGAAGGCGUAUAAGGAGCCGAAGGCGCUGUGGCUGCACUUCUCCGACGUGGAGCGCCAGGGGACCGCCCAGCACUACGUGACGGAGUUCAACAAGCGGCUCUUUGAGCAGCAGAUCCCCACCCAGCUCUUCUACGUGCCCUCCGCGGCGUUGCUGAUUUUAGAGGACGAGAUGAUAAAAGGGUGUGUCAGUGUGGAGCCUUACAUUCUGGGGGAGUUUGUAAAAUUAUCCAAUAACACAAAAGUGGUGAAGACAGAGUACAAAGCCACCGAAUUCGGCUUGGCUUUCGGCCACUUCUCCUACGAGUUUUCCAACCGCCAGGAUGUCGUCGUAGACUUACAAGGCUGGGUGACUGGCGACGGGAAGGGGCUGCUCUACCUGACGGACCCCCAGAUCCACUCGCUGGGCCGCAGAGAGGUCACCACCAACUUCGGGGAAAGGGGCAUCUCUUACUUCUUCGACCACCAGCACGCACAGUGCAAUGACAUCUGCAGGCGUCUCUCUCUGACAAGACCGCCGACUGAGACACCGAACAGCCUGUAG